GUCUGCUACUUUUGGCCGUCGUGAUUUCUAGGCGCGGAUAAAUUUUUGUUGAUUGCUCAAUUUGCGCUAGAUUCGAAAACAAGAUUUCAAGAAUAUAUUUACGUGUUUUUGACAAUACGUGCGACAUCGACAAUAAAAAGAACACUAUAAAAAAAUAAAUAUUAAUAAGUUCCCCAUUGACGCAGAAGCUUACGCGGUGCAGCAGCCGACGCCGCUAGCGUCGCAUCACAUUAUUUUCAGCGAGCAAACGCCAAAACUACAAAAGCACCGCAGCAGCUGCGUCGAUUUGAGCUGGCUUUGGGGCGCCGGGCAACGUGCAGCGGAUAAUUGAAUCAUAAACGGACGGGCGGACAGACGAAUCUCGGAGCGAAUUGCGGGCAAUGUUAACAAAGCCAAGCGAAUAAUUGUUGCAGAGAGCGCCAGGACGACGAGCAAGACGCAGACGACGGCGAAGACGCAGACGAGGAGUAAGCGCAGCGGGCGGCUAAAAGGCGGGAGGCUAAGAAAUGACAGCCGCGCUGCUUUAAUUAAAGUUGCGCGCGGAUGAGGCGCGUGGAGCGGCCAGAGCAGCAAGAGCGAAAGCGAGAGAGUGGGCAGACGAGCGAGCGAGCGAGAAAGAGAGAAGGGAAACGCAAUGUGGCUGAUGCCGCCGCGAACUGUGCACAACAGAACAAAGUGGACGAAAUUGCUUUUGGAAUUGAAUGAGCGUUUACCGGACGCGGGCAUAUAGACAGCGCGAGCAGACAUUCAUUUUGAUUACAUUUUACCUUUUACACUGCGCUACACGAACUGACACACGCAACUGAGAAAUUAGUCGAAAACAAGAAAACAAGAAAACAAGAAAACACGAUAAAAGCAAAGCAAAGCCAGCCAAGUGGAAGCCAAGGACCAACUACCAAAUAGCAGCCAAAGUUUUCGGCUAAAACUCUGCUGUUGAAUUUAACGCAUGAAUUAAUCGCCAACGGGGCGCACUUGCAACUAUUGGGCGUGGCAACAGAGCCAACUGGGAAAUUUGCAUGACUCAGGCCCUGGAAGAAGUUUGCCGCCAUUGCCGCCAUUGCCGCCCAUCAACAGCUACACAUGAGCACGCCGCUGUGACACGACGAGCAAAAGCAGGCGAGGAGGCACCGGUCACAAUUUCGAUUCGUCAACUAUAGCAACGAGAGCAGCAGCAACAGCAGUUUCUAAAGUGUCAGCGUUUGUCCAUUAACGCAACUGGGCAGGCUCGCAACGAAUUGGCUUCAUCACCACCACCAAACCGCACGAACCCCGGACAACGUUGGCCCACAUUAGCAGCACCAACAGCUGCAUAAGAAGAAGCAGCAUCAGCAGCGGCAACGGCAAUAGCAAUCUCCUCUUGUUACUGCAACUCGAAAGAUAACCCAUUGGAGCCACCCACAAGCAGCCGAAAUCAUUCCCCACUCCUAAUCCAAACUCGUAACCAGCAGCGAUCCGAUGAAUCUGCUCUGCUGUUGUUGUUGCAGUAACAUGGCACCAAACCAGCGCGUCACACGCAAAUGGGAACUGUUUGCCGGACGCAAUAAAUUCUACUGCGAUGGAUUGCUAAUGUCCGCACCGCACACGGGUGUCUUUUACUUGACGUGCAUCCUGAUUACUGGCACCAGUGCCCUCUUCUUUGCCUUCGACUGCCCCUUCCUGGCGACAACCAUCAAUCCAGUUAUACCCAUUGUGGGCGCCGUCUUAUAUUUCUUUACGAUGAGCUCGCUGCUGCGCACAACCUUCACAGAUCCAGGCGUUAUACCGCGUGCCUCCAAUGAUGAGGCCGCCUAUAUUGAAAAGCAAAUUGAAGUGCCAAACUCGCUGAACAGCCCCACAUACCGGCCGCCGCCCCGCACCAAGGAGGUGCUCGUCAAGGGCCAGACGGUCAAACUGAAAUACUGCUUCACCUGCAAGAUCUUCAGGCCGCCGCGCGCCUCGCACUGCAGCCUGUGCGACAACUGCGUGGAUCGCUUCGAUCACCACUGUCCCUGGGUGGGCAACUGCGUGGGCAAGCGAAAUUAUCGGUUCUUUUAUUUGUUUCUAGUCUCACUGGCAUUUUUAGCCGUAUUUAUAUUCUCGUGCUCUGUGACGCAUUUAGUUUUAUUGAUGAAAACGGAACAGGAGGUCUUCAAAGUAAUAAAGAAGGCGCCCUUCACUGUGAUUGUUGUGUUCAUUUGUUUCUUCUCCAUUUGGUCGGUGAUUGGACUGGCUGGCUUUCACACAUAUCUGACCACCAGCGAUCAGACAACGAACGAGGAUCUCAAAGGCUCGUUCUCGUCGAAGGGCGGGCCGCGCACUCAGAAUCCCUAUUCACGCGGCAAUAUUUGCCUGAACUGCUGCCACAUCCUGUGCGGUCCCAUGACACCCUCGCUGAUUGACAGGCGCGGCAUAGCUACGGAUGAGUACAUACAGCAGAUGCAUCAUUCCAGUCCGCGGCAUGCCCUGAGCGAUGUGAUCAGCGCCUCCCAAAUGGUAACCACAGCGCAGCCCAUGCUCGGCAGCAUGAGUGGCAUUGGUGGUGCUGGUGGCGGUGUAAGCAUUGGUGGUGCCGGCGCUGAGCUGAAGCCGCGCUUCUAUGACGAGUCAAAUCCCUCUUCCUCGACUUUGGAGAGCAACGGGGUGGCCGCCGCAUCUGGUGGCGUUGUCAACGGCCAUGGACAUGGCCUUGGGAAUGGCUUCGAUCGUCCGCCCAGCUACGACAUGCUGCAAAACGGUAAUUCCAAUAGUCUAGCCCAGCUCGUUGACAACGAGAUCCCUUUGGCCCAGAUGGACAUGCCAGCGUACACACAGCCGACGGCCACACAGACGCGUCAAUUCCGGCACCACAAGCAGCGACAGCUGUCCAACGGCGCCUCGGCAGUCGAAGAUUUGGCCUAUGAGAAUCAAUUGGCCGCGGCCGGCAGUGAGGAUGAGCUGGACAAUGCGGAUGUUGUUGUUGUAGGCGGCACAGAGGUAGUCGCCGCGGUGGCCGCCAUUGCGGCUUCCAGUAAGGCGCGUGAGAUGCGCAACCGCAACCGCAGCGGCAGCUACAGCAAUCUGUUUGACGUGGACUUUGAUGCAGGGCUGGUCAGCUCACCGGGACUGGGCGAAAACCAUAAGCCCUCUUCGGGCGCUGCUCUCCUGGCAGCUGCCAUCAACGGCGAACAGCAUGCCCUGGCCAAGUCCGUCUCACAGACGGAGAACAUGUACAGUAAUGUGCCCCAAGUGGCCGUGUCACCGUCCACAGAUGCCGCCCUGCACGUUUAUUCGAACAUCAUUGACGAGCAGGCUCAGCAACAGCGCCAGCACAACGAGCGGAUACAGGCGUCCACGGUGCUGUCAUCGACGCUGCUCAGCGACGAUCUCGACCUGGACGAUCCAGUGAGUGCCUCGUUUGUGGGCGGCGGCAGCGGCGGUGGCGUGCACAGCCAUGGGCAUGGGCAUGGCCACCGCAAGGCUGGAGGCGAUGGCGCCGAGCAGGUCAAGUCGGCUGAUCGGCUGCGCAUGCUGCACGACACGACCAUGAUUGAUACGGCACUCGAUCUGGACAGCCUGGACGGGUCCAGCAUGGGCAACAACUCGCAGUCGUGCUUGGUGAAGACGGCCAAAUCAACUUCAAAUUCCAAUGGGGCGCCCAUAGUCUAAAUUACAGUAUUUACUGUCAUUACUCGCGUAUACCCUGUAAAUAGCCAAGUUUUAUCCAAUGUGCUUCAGUUUAUUUUAAUUAAGCGAUCCAGCAGCAGGAGAGAGAGUAUUAUAAAGCCUAAUACUUGAUCUGGUAACGUUUGCUUUUUUUAAACAUUUAGUUUUAGUUCAAUCAAUGAGCGGACACUUAAGAUAUCAACCUAUCAAGAAGCAACUAAAAUAUUACCUUAAGGCGUUACGCAUUCAUAAAUAUAAAUAAAAUAUAUAUACAAGCUAAAGAAGAUAGCAAUUAAAGCAAA